AUGGCAUAUUGGUAUGCGCGUCAUAAAAAGGUUGAUCUUUCGAUUGUUCCAGUACGUGGUUGCUGUUGUAUUGACAAUCGAAUGGGGACUUUCAUUGCGGGAACUACAACGAUUGUUACCACUCUAAUCGCUAUACUUUUUGUGAUAAUUGAUAUCGCGCAGAUUGCAGAUACCAAUUUUGAAAUAAGCGGUGGUUUUCCAGGAUCUUGGCGCAUGCGAUUUUGGAAAGGCUUUAUUAUAUGUGAUAUUGCAAUGCUGAUAGCUCAUGGUCUAUUACUUGGAUUUACUAUUUGUCUUGUUGGGGCCAUAUCCUGGCCUUCUAGAUAUAAACUAUAUAAUUUGAAACCUGUUAUCCUGAAUUUCUUUAUUGUAAUCGUUCUGCAUACAUUAACCGAAUUGGGUGUAAGCACCUACAUUUAUUCUUGGUACGGUUUAGCGGCUUGGAUAUGGUUCAUGGUUAUAAGCUACUCCUAUAUUCUGGAAUUGCGUCAAGAACUUUACACGCCUGUUGACCCGGAAGCAAGACCAGAAAUCGAACAAGCCAGUGCUAUUCCAAGUCUACUUGCAAGCCGACACGGGACCGCUACAUCUAUCCAGGAUUUUUCUUUCACUAAAGCACCUUAA